AUGGGACCAGAUACAAAGACCACGUCCAGAGCAAGCAGUAGUUGGCAGCUUAAAAGGUUUGGCGGUAGCGUCGGGCCGGAAAAACGUCUCGGCUACAGCGCGCUAGGCGACUCCAGCCCUAGGCCGCACAGUGCCGGCAGCCUCUGCGGUGCGCCGCUCCUACUGGCUGCUAAGCGAGCGAGAUCAUUGUGGGCUGCUCUCCUACGCCCGAAAUUCGCGAUCCAGCAGCACAGUUACUCCGGACGACUUCGACCACCGACUCUUCGACAACAAACCACCACCGCCGCCCUACCGGAGCUGUCGACCACAGCCUUCACCAUGGCCAACAUCGAUAUCAAGACCACGUCAUGGAAACUCGUUGAGGUCGGCCGUGUGGUGCUGAUCCGCCGAGGGCCUUACACUGGCAAGCUGGCCGUGAUUGUCGAGAUCAUUGACCACAAGCGUGUGCUGGUCGAUGGUCCCUCUACCCAGGAGGACAAGAUUGUCCCUCGUCACUCUCUGAACCUUAACCACGCCACCCUCACGCCCUUCGUCAUCCCCAAGACCCCCCGCGGUGCCGGCACUGGCGCUAUUAAGAAGCUGUGGGAGAAGGAGGACAUUGAUGGCAAGUGGGCUCAGACCGGCUGGGCCAAGAAGGCUGCCCAGAUUGAGCGGAGGAAGAACCUGACCGACUUCGAGCGCUUCAAGGUUAUGAGACUGAAGAAGCAGGCUCGCUACGAGGUCCAAAAGGCACACGCUAAGCUCCGUGCUGCCGCCAAGGCAUAA